CUAGUAGACCCCUUUCAAUCACUAUUGCUGAGCUCUCCGUCUCUCGCGAAGUCACGUCUGUCUUCAUUGAAGGUCCGAUGCUACCCACUCCCUCGCUUUCACAUCUGAGCAAAGAGGACUUUACCCGCGUCUAUGAGCCGGCAGAGGAUACCUUUAUCCUCCUCGAUGCGCUAGAAGCCGAUGCGGAGCGCCUGCGCCAAGAGAAGCCCAGGCUGGUCGUUGAGAUUGGGUCUGGCUCUGGCUGUGUUAGCGCCUUUGUAGCCGCCAUCUUGGGCGACAGUGAAGCUGCCUACAUCUGUACAGACCUCAACCCGCAUGCCGCCCUCUGCACGUCAAAGACGGGGAAAGCGAAUGCAGCCCGCCUAGAGCCGGUCUUGACGAAUCUCCUCUCCUGUCUUCUACCACGGAUACAAGGUCGACGGAGAAGCGCCAGCACAGAGCUUUCCGCCACCUCUCACGAAGGUCACGAGGAUCUGCGUGAAGACGAGACAAGGACCAGCGGGCUCGUCGACCUGCUUCUGUUCAACCCGCCUUAUGUGCCAACAUCGGAGGAGGAAGAGGCACUGGCGCAGCAGGACCGUUCCCUCAGCGGAUCCUGGGCGGGCGGAAGUCUGGGGACGAAGCUUUUGCACAGUCUCAUUGACGAUGCAGGGCAGAGCAUUACUUCACCGCGGUCUGUGUCCGACGGGGAGGAAGAAGGGGAGAUCGGCUGGGGCGAGGCUGUCACUGACCCGACAACAUCGAGGCCGAGACCGAGGCGAAAGCGGCGGCAGGGUGGAAUCGAGUCGAUCCUGUCCCCUCAGGGCCACUUCUACUGCGUCGCAAUCCGGCAGAACGAUCCGCAAGACAUCGUGCGGCGGUUAGAGGCUCGUGGGCUGGCUGCAGAAGUUGUGCUGGAUAGGAAGGCGGGGAGGGAGCACCUGUUCAUCAUACGUGGGAGCAAGCAGGGCGUCUAAUGUAUUUUGCUUGGGAAUUUCGGUACCGUCAUGAUACACCGCCCCAUUGGGCCACACCCAUACCAUCGUCAUCG